AGAAGUCGCCCUCCAAAUUCAUGCCCUCACGUCCGUCUAAAUCCCAUUUUUUAGUAUGGAAUUCCAUAAAGCAAUUGCAUUAUCCAAAAUUCAUAACUCAAUUCGUCUGUGAAUUCAGCGGAAGCCUUUAAAAAUGCCUCUGACUUUGUCGACCCAAUUUCUGCAACUCUACGCUAAAACAUCAUUUUCUUCCAAGCCCUCCACUUCCGAACUUAAGCCAAAGCAGAGAUGUGUUACAUUGAGAUUUUCGCAGAAACCCUUUGACCGAAUUGAAUGCGUUUCAACCCGGCCGAAGAAAAAAACUGCUUCGAAGAACGACAAGUCUGAAGAAAACGAACUCGUUCGUACUCUUCUGAGGAAUUUUAACGACGAGAAGCCGUUGGUCUCGACGCUGAAUAAGUAUGUGAAGCUCAUUAGAACUGAGCAUUGUUUCCUUCUCUUUGAGGAGCUCGGAAAGAAAGAUAGAUGGCUUCAAUGUAUUGAGGUUUUCAGAUGGAUGCAGAAACAACGUUGGUACAUUGCAGAUAAUGGUGUUUAUUCAAAAUUAAUAUCUGUAAUGGGAAAAAAGGGGCAGACACGAAUGGCAAUGUGGCUGUUCUCUGAGAUGCGUAAUAGCGGGUGCCGACCAGAUACUUCAGUGUACAAUGCACUCAUCACGGCUCAUCUGCAUUCUCGAGAUAAAUCCAAGGCUUUAGACAAAGCCCUUGGGUACUUUGAGAAAAUGAAGGUCAUUGAACGAUGCAAACCCAGUAUUGUGACAUACAACAUUCUCUUGAGAGCUUUUGCUCAGGCACGAAAUGUGGAUCAGGUCAAUGCUUUGUUCAAAGAUCUUGAGGUGAGCAUUAUCUCACCUGACAUCUAUACCUAUAAUGGUGUGAUGGAUGCAUAUGGGAAGAAUGGGAUGAUUAGAGAAAUGGAAUCUGUGCUUUCUCGCAUGAGGAGCAAUCAGUGUAAGCCUAAUAUCAUCACAUUCAAUUUGCUGAUUGAUGCGUAUGGUAAACGUCAAGCUUUUGACAAGAUGGAGCAAGUUUUCAAGAGCUUAUUGCGCUCCAAGGAGAAGCCGACACUGCCUACAUUCAAUUCAAUGAUUUUGAACUAUGGGAAGGCCAGGCUUAGAGAGAAGGCAGAGAAUGUUUUCACGAAGUUGACAGAAAUGGGAUAUACCCCAAGCUACAUCACAUAUGAGAGUCUUAUUACAACUUUUGGGCUUUGUGACUGUGUUUCAAGGGCCAGAGAAAUUUUUGACGAGAUGAUAGAAUCUGGGAAGGAGAUGCAGGUGUCGACUCUGAAUGCUAUGCUUGGUGUAUACUGCAUGAAUGGCCUACCUGCUGAAGCGGAUCUGCUUUUUGAGUAUGCAUGUGAUAAUGGGUUGCUUCCAGAUGCAUCAACGUACAAACUUCUUUAUAAUGCCUACACUAAAGCCAACAUGAAGGAGCUUCUUCAGAAGUUGCUUAAGCAUAUGGACAAAGAUGGUAUUGUCCCCAACAAGAAGUUCUUUUUGGAGGCUUUAAGUGCAUUUGGAACUUCACAGGGUAGACUUGAGUCCAAUGAUAGCUCAGCUGGUUCAAGCACUCUGCAGAUUGGUAGUGCAAAAGCAUAGGUUGUAGUUGUGGCCGGUUGGUUUAUUUGUAUGUUACCAUAUUGUUAUUCAACUUGAGAUUCUGACAUGGUUGUGGGUCAGAUUGGAUGCUGCUUGGAGUCGCACAACAGUGAGAGAGUCAAUUCAACCUAUGCCCUCCUUAUCUUCUCAGUGCAGCAUUCACCAUUCGCUUGAUUACUUAAAUUGUUCCAUCUAGGUGAGUUUACAAUUAAUACUUUUAAACGCUUGUU